UGAAAAUCAGUUGAAAACGAGAUAACAAACCCAAAAGAUACGAAGCGCAGCGCCAAACGCUCUCAGAAAAAUUGCAUUGGCAAAAUUUAAGAAAACUAAAAAAAAUACCCGAAAAUUGAGGAGAAAACCAAAGCAAAGUGAAAAAAAUAAAAAGAAAAAAGAAGAAACAAAAUUAUAUCAGCAUUAUUAUUGUUAAAUUUAGUUAUUCUAAUAAAUAUUGUUGCGACUUUAUUAUUUGAAAAAUAAAAGAACGCAACUAAAGCAUUCCAAAAGCGAAGCGAAAUCAAAGUGUGAAAAGGUGAAGCAAGAAAAGUGGUGCAGAAAAUAUUAAAUUUAACACAGAAAAGAGUACACACAGCGGGUCAAAAAAAAAAGAAUCCUGUACUAAGUGCAACACACAUACAUACACACAUAUAUACAUAUAUAAAUAAACACAUACAUAUAUAAACAUACAGGCAUUUUCAAUAUGGCGGAUGUCAUGGAGAAAAGCUCUGUGCUGGAAGCUGCGGUGUCCACGAUUCCCGAAACGCGCCCAGUGCAGCCCGUGUUGCUGCAACAGGAAGCGCCACAGCAGCAACAGCAACAGCAACAGCAACAGCAACAGCAGCAGCAGCUACUGCAGCAGCAACAGAAGCCGGAGCCGGCUUCCGCGGCACGCGCUGGUCAAGAGCAAAAAGAGGGUGACAAUGACAGCGGCGUGGAUGAGUCCACUCAGGAGAAGGAUCGCAACGGACCGAAUUCGCCCAGUUCACCGGUCAAGACGCCCACAUCGAGCUCCUCGAAGCCGGACAAGACGGGCACAUCGCGCCCACCGAGUGCCACGCCCUCUAACAAAUCGGCAUCCAAGUCGCGCAGCGCCUCAAAGAAUCGCUUGCUGCUCAAGACCCCUGAGCCGGAGCCACCCAAGAAAGUUCCAAUGAACAAGAUACAGGUCGGUCAUGCACCAUCGCCCAAUCUGAAGGCGGUACGCUCCAAAAUCGGCUCGUUGGACAAUGCCACCUAUAAGCCCGGCGGCGGCAACGUCAAAAUCGAGUCGAAGAAAAUUGAGAUCAAAGCUGGACCACGCAUCGAAGCCAAGAAUGACAAAUAUAUGCCCAAGGGUGGAGAGAAGAAGAUAGUUACAACAAAGUUGCAGUGGAACGCCAAGUCAAAGAUUGGCUCGCUGGACAAUGCGUCCUAUAAGCCGGGCGGCGGCGACAAAAAGAUCGAGUCGCUCAAGAUGGACUUCAAGGACAAGGCCAAGCCGAAGGUCGGCUCCAAGGACAACGUGAAGUAUCAGCCCGGCGGAGGCGAUAUUAAGGAUAACAAUACGAAGGAUAUCCAAUCGCAAAAAAUAGAAAUUAAGGCACAAAGCAAAGUUGGAUCUUUGGAUAAUGUUAAGCACAAGCCCGGUGGCGGUGAGAAGAAGAUAUUCGAUGAUAAGGAUUAUUUGAAAAAUGUUGAACACUCUGUUGCACUGACAACACCACCAACACAGUUUGCGGCGCAGGGUCGCUUGGUUGCGACCAUUCAUCUAGAAUUCGGUCUUUGUAACUCUGACUGUGUGUGUAACGAUAUAUUUGAAUCGCUUUUUAAGUAAACUUAUUACCAACAACAAAUAUUUUAGAACAAUAAUCGAAAACAACACAAGAAAUAUACUACCUAGCUGUACCUAAAAUACGAAAACAGGUUUAAAACUAUAAAUAACAAAAGUUAGCUCAAAUCUUAAACAAAAACAAAAGAAAAUCUCGAUUGAGUUUGCAAGAGUUUCUAUUUUAAAUUUUGUAUAUACCCUAUAAUACAGUCUAUAACACAAAGCAAAUUUCGGCUAGCUGAAAUUGGUUUAUGCUCUUUCCAAAAGAUUUUCAUUUUUGGCAAGCGUAUAAUGAAUACCAAAGAAAAUACCUAACACUCGUAAGAGAAGUUUUGUUAACAUAACUUAAGAAAUACCAACAAAGAGUAUUAUUUAUGGCAAGAGUCAAGAAUCUUUUUUAUACUAUGUAGAAUAGUACAAAUGUUUUAUUAAACAAAAGAUAUAUAUAACGGAGUUACUGAAACCUAGACUAUAUAGCUAUAUAUGCUCAAUCUAUAUAUGUGUGUAUUAUGUAUUAUAUCUGAUGAUUGUGAAAGUCUGCCCAGCAUUUAAAAAUUACAAGCCAAAAAUAACAACAAAACGUGCAAAAUGCUUUUGCUCUCUCGACUCCCUCAUCAAAUACACUCAAUGAAAAAAAUACGAAUUUAUUUGGGUUCGGCUUUAACUCACAUACAUAAGAUUGAAUAUUUAUAUUUUAUUAUUAAUAAUAUUUAUUUAAUUUUCAUUUCAAUUUAUUAUAGGAAUAUGUGUAUACAUUUUAUUAGUCUUAGUCAUCAAAAAGUGCAUUAAAUU